AUGCCUCGUGGUGCAUCUGAGAUUCUGAACAAAUUUUGCUCUUUUCGGCUCGAGUGGGGUGACGAUAUGGCGCUGCCAACGCUACGGAAGCCAGUGUCAAUCUCGAGGCCGAAGCGAGGUAGGCAUGGCGUGUUUGCCGGUUUGGGGGAGGAUGAGCCCAGCCUUGAGGAGUUUAAGCCGAGUCUCUUCUCAGAAGCCUCUACUUGGUCGCAAGCCAGCUGGACAUCGGCCCUGUCGUCACAACCACGGAACAUGGGCCCGUUUGACCCUGAAGAGACAGCGGACAUGGAGCUGGCGCCCAGGGGUUGGGCAAGGCAAAUACGGCCCGUUGACCAUCGGACCACCGAUGUGAAGCGCCUCCGCCCCGACGAGGCGGAACUUGCAGAGGCAAAGCGAGCCCUACGCGGCGUGAGACCUGGCGAUUGGAACUCCGAAGCGUUUGCACAUUACAAGAAGAAACUUACGAAGGAGGGACGAUGGCUUGCGCUGCCUGGUCUUGUGGAUAUGGUUCGUCGGACAUCGGACGAAGCAUUGAAGGCAGGAGGCUAUUGCCUUCCAAAGAACAAGACUGCGCAGGUGAGGCUGCCACAGAAGCCCAGUGUGCAGUGGGUGAGCAUGGAGAGCUGCACAGAGCCAGAUCCAUGCCAAGGAGUUGUACCUCCACCGUUGGUAGUCUCUCACAAGACGCCGCUGGAGGCUGCAGGCGUUUUGGGCAAGCACUUUGAGGGCCAUCCAUUGAUCGUCACCUUCGAGGCCACGGAGUUUGACACCGGAGCGGAAUCGGAAAUGAAGAAGGGACAAAUCUUGGAGGGCGAGGCGAGGGGGCUCGCACAACAUGAGAUGUUCAAUUGCACAAACUUGGUCUUUUCCAGCCGUGCGGCUACCUUGCUUUGCGCGAAGGCGCGCCAGUCGCCACAAGAGCGGCUAAAUGCAUGGCACGACCCCGGGGUCAUUGUGGCCGACAAUGUGGUGCUCUUUCGGGGGCCAGCUGAAGAUGGCUACCCUUUUCUAUCACAGGAGGAGCAGUUGAAUCUUCGGGUUCUUGUCGCAGGGCGGGCAUUGAAGCGCCCCUGGCUGCACAAGGGCGAACAGUUCUUGAACCAAGACGACUUCCUGGCUUUUUCACACCGCUUGAACCUCAUGACUUACAAAGCCCUUGAGCUUCAAGAACCAGAUGGACCAGCUCCCAUUUUGGUCCUUGCUGCUUGCGGUCUCGCGGAUGCCGAACAUCGGCAGCCACGGGGUGGCAUUGGUCAGGCGCUCAAAACCUGGCGUACCAUGUGGUCGGGCUUCUUCGAGGCGGUUGUUGUUGCUUGUGGCGACAGUGAAACUGCCGCCAUCAUCGACCGGGCGGUCAACACAGAUGUAUACAUGAAGGUUCUACAGAACCAACCAGUGGCUCCAAGUGCCUCCCAAUGGCACUGGAAGCCCGCAGUAAUGCAGCUUUCUUACAAUCCUGUGUUUUCUUGCAUCGCUCGAAAAAUGGAGAACAUCAGAGAGGCGCCUGUGUCGAGCUCUUCAACUCUUCGGGCAGACCAGCCCCGCAAGAGCGGGCGCCGUGCAAGUGGAGCAGGAAUAAUGUUCCUCCAGGAGGCCAUGUCAGAGCAGCAACGGCCAGCCGGUGCUAUUCUGCAACAUGCCCCGAGCCGACUCUCUUUGGUGGACCUGGAUUCGAGAACAGAGAAUGGAGAGCCCUCUGCAUCGCAAUCCCGAGCAUUCGGUAGAUCAGCAACAUCGGCUACUGGCGCCUUGGGCGCCGAACUGUCUCGAGAUCACUCGAUGGUGACAAGGGAUGAGUCAGUGGUGACCAGACAGGGCUCAAUGCUGAUGACCUCUGCAAUGACCACUGGUGGCAGGCCCUCUCAAAGGAGGGCAUCGAUGGCCGUUGGCAAGGACGGGCAAGUCGAAGAUAGUCGUGCGCUCAUGGACCGACUUGCAAAGCUCCGAAUGGAGGGGACGGAUCAUGAGCAGCAGCUGAAAGACGAAGAGGACCGCCGAAAUCAGCAGAAGAUGGCCGAGAUUCUUGCAAAAGCCUGGGGCGUUGGUGGCAAGCGCAUUUCUGGCAUGGUCUCCAAGGUUGAGAAGGAUGACAAGGGAAAGAGCAAGAAGCUCGGUGGACUCUUCGGGAGCAAGGAGGCCGAACGAGAAGAGCAAGAGCAGAAGAAGGCAAAGCUUGAGACUAUGACCCUGGACAAGAAGAGACAGAUUGAUUCCAAUGCAGCUAUACUUGGGUGUCCUCAGGACCUCAAGAACUAUAUAUUCAAGCAGAUCGAGCGAGAGAUCAAAAUGAACAACCAGGCGAAGGCAAAGCUGACCGAGUUCAUAUCCUCUCCAAUCAUCAGUAGCUUCGUUGGCCACAGACUGAUGAAAGGAGCUGUGCCGCCUGCUAGUGACAGGAAGCCGACGGCACCACUGAAGCUGCCUCAGCGCUGA